UCCUGCAGGCGACCCUGAUAAUAAUAAUAAUAUAUAUUAUUAGUAUUAUUAAAAUUGUUAUUGCUUUUGAAUAUCUUAGCCUAGUUCAAAUAAUGAUAAUAAUACAAAAUUUAAACGUGUCUUUAUUUAAAACAAAAACGUUUUCACAAAAUUGCUGUUAUGGCAGAUACACCGCUGAACACAGUUGCGGUAGGUUAUCCCGGGGAUUUUGGUAAUCCGUCUUGGAUAAGGAUGUUAAGUGUAAACUAGGCUUCUUAACUCAUCAGUGACUUAUGUUGAACGAGUGCUCUGCGUCGUAACUCCAUAUCUUUUCACUAUCUGUCUUUUGUGGGACUUCAAUAUUGAUCAUAAUAUUUGACAUCUUAAAGCAGGUACGCCCUUCAACGAUUUCUCACGCUGUUGCAUGAGCCAUCUGAUAGAUGGCACUAUUUGAGCAUUCUUGAAUGAACAGAGCAAGUGCAAUGGUGUCCGUUUUGCCGUCGAGAUGGCAAAGGCUCCAGAUAGUUUAUCAAUGGGUCUUAGAAAACGGAGACAAGAGGACAGAUGGAUGGUUAUUGGUCUAUUCUCCGGUGCCUCUCAGUUGCAUAUUCCUGUGUUACCUUUUCAUUGUCUGGCUUGGCCCAAAACUAAUGCGACACAGGCAGCCAGUCAACAUUAAGACGAUCCUUAUCAUUUACAAUUUCUCCAUGGUGUGCCUCUCUGCUUAUAUGUUCUAUGAGUUCACAGCAUCAUCUUGGUUGGCAAAUUACAGUUUGAUGUGUCAGCCUGUUGAUUACUCUGAAAGUCCCCUGGCAAUGCGGAUGGCCAGAGUGUGUUGGUGGUUUUACUUUUCUAAAGUAAUUGAACUUAGUGAUACAAUGUUCUUCAUUCUGCGAAAGAAAAACAAUCAGCUGACCUUUUUGCAUGUCUACCAUCAUUGCACAAUGAUUUUCAACUGGUGGGCAGGAGUCAAGUACGUUGCAGGAGGGCAGUCAUUCCUCAUUGGCCUCAUAAACUCUUUUGUUCAUGUGGUGAUGUACAUAUAUUAUUGUCUGGCCGCAUUGGGCCCUGAAAUGCAGAAAUACUUGUGGUGGAAACGGUACCUCACUUCUCUCCAGCUGCUCCAGUUCUUUAUUGUGACCAUUCACACUGCAGUCAACCUCUUUGCUGAUUGUGACUUCCCUGACUCCAUGAAUAUUGUGGUGCUUGCCUACGCCCUCAGCUUAAUCGCUUUGUUUAGUAACUUUUAUUAUAAGAGCUACCUCACCAAGAAGACCAAGAGUAUAUGAUGACUGUAAAAGUACAGCAUUAUAAUCCGUUGCACUCCUUGGGUUGUUUGAAUAAUAAUGCUGUUCAACGAUGCCUCACUCUUAAUGUGGCAGUUGAGACUCUUGUUGUAAAGACUCCCUUUAAUCCUUUAUCUCACAAGCAUUUGUCUGUGUUUGCUCCCCUCCUCCAAACAGAGGGGUUGUCCACACAAUUUCUCUAUUUCCACCCUUUCCCAUCCCCCUUUGGUCAUUAGAGACUGAGACCCUGCAACGCUCUAGUGAUCUGGUCAAAUUGAAAUAAA